UUUGGGCAGGGAAUAAAAAAAGUUUAAAUUAGCUGCGAAAUUUACCGAGAGCGUUUCGAUUUGACUCACAGUGGCCGUGUCAGUAGACGCCGGGAAAUGUCAUCCUGUGAACGCCACUUCACCAGCCAGUUGUUAGUUAAAGACCUCGACGCAGCCGAGCGGUGCUAACGCCAGCUAGCCGGCUAACUUUGUAGUCACACACAGCAACAACUGGCAGGAUACACGCUUUCUGUCAUUGCAGAGAAACUGUCAGCUGUUGGCGUUCUUGCAGUGUAGAAGUGGGGUUUUUUGGGUUUUUUUUGCUUGAUUUCAACAUGACUCAUGUGCAUUAUAAAUUUUUUUCCAAACUCAGUUACAACACGGUGGUUCACGACGGGCCGAACAUCACGCUGCAGGAUCUGAAGAGGCAGAUCAUGGACAUGGAGAAGCUCAGAGUCGGUUACUGCGACCUGCAGAUCACCAACGCACAGACCAAGCAAGAGUACAAAGAUGAAGAAGGUGCGAUUCCUAAGGGCUCCUCCGUCAUCGUCCGGAGAAUCCCCAUCGUUGGAGUGAAGUCGGGCAUGAACAGCAAAACACGCAACAUUGAGCGAUCAGAUGUCAAGCAGCUGCGCCACGUCCACGGAGCCAACAGAGCAAUGGCCGACCAGAGUUCUUCCAAAGAGUCACUCUUUUUCUCUCAGAUGGCUAACCUGGCUGAUGCAGAUGCGUCUGAGGAGGAUAAGAUCAAGCUCAUGAUGAAUCAGUCAUCCUAUGAUUCCAUGAAUUACAACAAUAAGUUUGGUAACCCUCUUCCCUUAAACUACAUCUGUUAUCGCUGUGGAAAUACCGGACACCACAUCAAAAAUUGUCCCAGCAGUAAGGAUAAAAAUGUUGAGACCCCUGUAAAAAUAAAAAAAAGCACAGGAAUUCCUCGCUCCUUAAUGGUAGAGGUUGAUGAUCCAAGUAUGAAAGGAGCCAUGCUCACCAACUCUGGACGUUACGCCAUCCCUGCCAUCGACGCGGAAGCAUACGCCAUCGGCAAGAAGGAGAAGCCUGCGUUUCUUAUGGCGGAUCAGCCAGAGGCAGUCGAGGAUCCUGUACCUGAUGAACUUCUCUGCCUGAUCUGUCGAGACCUGCUGAGUGACGCUGUGGUCAUCCCCUGCUGUAAAAACAGCUACUGUGAUGACUGUAUCCGCACUGCCUUACUGGAUUCUGAGGAACACACCUGCCCCACUUGUAACAAAUCAGAUGUCUCCCCCGAUACCCUGAUAGCCAAUAAAUUCCUCCGACAGGCUAUCAACACUUUUCAUAAGGACCGAGGAAACUCCAAAACACUGAGAAUAGGGUGUGGUACCUCGCAGUCCAAUAACCCAACCCCAAAUCCGAGCCCAGCUCCCAGUCCGCCCCCUCUCUUUUCACAGAUCCAACCUCAGAAGCCUGUCCAACUAAUCCAGAGCCAACAGGAUCCUCUCCUGCACUGUUUGGAGACUGUUGACACACCAUCAUUGUCUCAGGAGUCUGAGGCUCUUCCCUCGGCCACAGGCCCCACCUCUGCUUCUAAUACACCCGAGAGGUCCCCCCAGACUCUGCAAAUCCACCAGGAGACAACUGAAAAAUCUGAAGAAAAGACAGAGGAUGAAUCAGAGGCUGCUGCUGCUGCUGCUGCUGCUGCCCCGUCUGGACUUGUUUCAGAAACUGCUGCUCCAUCAGAGAUCAAACCACUGGUUGACCACACUCCAGCGGUUGAGCAGUCACAGUCGGUCAGCGUGAAUCAACAGAAGUCUUCCUCAAGCUCAUGGAGUGAAUCUAACCUACAGCACCUUCCUCCUCCCUCUUCUUCUUCUUCCUCUUCGUACCCUCCAACUCCCCCGCCUCUCUUUGCCUCCCCACAUUUCCCCACAUUCCAGCCUCUCAGCGGAUACCCCUCUGGAUACCCACCUGCCACUCCUGUCUGGACUUUCCCAACACUUACUAGAGCUCCCAUUCCCUCCCUCUGCUCCACUACCUCCUCCUCCCCCAUCCCCGCUCUCAUACCCAAUGAUUGGUACAUGUAUCAGAGGAAGACGAAGGAAAGAUCGCCUCACAGAGGAUCUGUCUACAGACACUCUUCAAAGUCAUCUAAGUCCAAGUCCUCUCACUCCUACCCGUCAAGCAGAUCUAGAUCACGUUCCAGGUCCAGGUCCAGGUCCAGGUCCAGGUCCAAAGGCAGUCCAAGGUCACCUCACAGAGGGUCAGCCUAUAGACGCUCUUCAAAGUUGUUCAAGUCCAAAUCAUCUCACUUUUACCCUUCAAGCAGAUCCAGGUCCAGGUCCAGAUCCAAAGGCAGAUCAAGGCCCCACUCAUCUUCCUCCCGCCACAGAGAUCACCGCACCAGCUCCCAUUCCUCCCAUGCUUACAGCUUUGGUUACAAGCGUUCGCACUCUCCUACAACGUCCUCGUCCUCUUCACCUCGAGCAGGUAACCAUUCCAGGCAUGAGUCGCCAUCACAUCAUCCCCAUCAUCGGAAGAAAUCAGCUACAAGCAGCUCCAGGUCCAGGAGGGGAGGAGAGCACCACAGUGAAGAGGGAGGCUCUGCUGGAAGUUCAGCUGGCUACAUGUGUCCUCAGAAUGCGGAUCAAACGAGCAGCCCGGAGAUGGACAGGCAGCGCUACCUUCAAUGGAAAAGAGAAUACAAAGAGUGGUGUGAGAAACAUUUGAGCAGCUACCUGGAGCACUUCCACCAGCUGCCUCCUCUUCCUCCUUUUCCUUUUCCUCCUGGCGGGGACAAAGAAAAAAGCAAAUAUAACAAGCGCGCCAAUUCGCGUGACCAGCACCAAGGUCGAUGUGCUUCCCGGUCACAUUACCACUCCCCUCCGUCACAGUCCUCCAGUGACAGCUGCUCCAUUUCAUCUCAGUCUUCAAGUGACAGCAGCUCCAAAUCAUCUCAUGCAUCUAGCGACACAAGCUCCUCCCCAACGCAUUCAACGAACCGCAUUCGUUCCCCUACUUCUCUGAAUUCCAGUGACAGUCGCUCAACUCAGUCUGAAGACGGAGCUCAGCAGAGGUGCGACGAGAAGUACAGCAACCGGCCAGAUAAAAAGGAAAGUGGGGAGGUCGGGGUAAAAGAAAAUAAAAAUGUGAAACAGCUUCAGGUGAAGAAUUUGGAGAAUCUAAGCACCCUAAAACAAGAGGAAAGAAGAGGAGAGGAGUCUUCAAUGGACGACUGCAAAAAGGACAAGAGCCAAAGUGUCUGUAAUGAUGGUUCCUCAGUAGAAGAAGAGGCAACCGGCAGCAAGGCCUCAGAAUCAGCCAAACAACACAUGAACCCAGAUAAGUAUUUGGAUAAAGACUAUGACAGAGAAAGCAGGGAACAAAGGAAUACAGAUGUAGAGAAAGGAAUGCGAAGAAACAAAUGCUCAGACUCCAGGAUUUCGAGAGAUGUCACAAAGAACAAAGAAAGGUCCAGCACAGGGAAACACGGGAUGGAGAAACACGGAUACAGACACCCCAUAGCUUCUGACUCCAGAUCUGAAAAGAAUAGAAAAAGAAAAGGAGAGGACAUGGAGAGAAGAUCUGAAAAGGCUCAAAGCAGCAAAUGGCUGAAAACUAAAACUACAGAGGUCCCUGAACCCCUCCAGGGGGAAUCCCAAAAUCCAUUUGAGAGAACGAAGCAGAAACCAGAGAAGAAAUAUGAGAAGAAAGCAUGGUCUCUGGCAGUGAAAGACAUCUGGGAGGAUGGGAUGAAAGUAAAACCACAGAAGAAGAUAAGCAUCAACAUCAAGCUGGAUGCAAAACCGAACGAAGACAAAACUGAAGCACAUGCCACGUCUUAUUCAAAGGAACAAACUGAGCAGACGGGUGCUAGAGAGGAGGAGAUUGGGAUUAGAGGAGAAAUGGAAACCGACACAGAUCAAAACAAGGAAUCCAGCAGAGACCAAGAAGAACAAAAAGUAAAGAUAGAAGGAGAGGCAAGACAGAUGUGGGCGAAAAAUACCUUCAAAGAGGAGACGGUAGAGAUGUCUGAGAAAAUCUCUGCAGAUAAAACAGACGUUAGAGGUAAGACAGAGGACAGAGAAUAUGAGGAAUUGGACAAAUGGGACUGUGAGGAGGAGAGGGAAGAGGAGGAAAGUAAAAACUUGUGGGUGGAUAAAGACAGGAUGAAGGCCAGUGACAGAGAAGAAGUUAUGGAUGAUGAAGGGAGGAGUGUGAGAGGAAGAAAGGAAAAAGAAAGCGAUUGCAGAGGUCAAGAGAUGGGAGAGGUGUUUUUAAGUGCCAAGAAAGAGGGAGCCAAAGGUGAAAUCGCAGGCAAGGAAAACAGAGAAACCCUGCUGGAGAAGGCCGAGCCGAAGGAGAUGGAGGGGAGGACAAAAGAAAGAGACAUAUCGAUGUCAAAGUCACAGAGGAGCAGAAGUGAAAGCAACCAAGAGCAACCGAACACCACUCUGGAUGAAGACAGCAGCAGCUCUGAGGUUUGUCAGGAGAGAAAAGGGUUGCUGAAAACUCUGGAGGAAUACACUGAUGACCCAGCUGCAGACGAGGAAGACGAGCUCGUUCUCAAACAGGUCCCACACUCCAAAUGGGAGAAGGGAGAGUCUGAGGACGAAGUGUCUCUGCCCUCCACGUCUGUGUCUGUGACAGCAGAGGCAACAACCGGGAGAGAGACCGAACGUCAGAGAGAGACGUCAACUGAAAUAGUUAGAGAAAAGGUGAAGGACGGAGGUAGAGGCAGGGACGGGGAGAAAAACUCACACAGAAGUGUGGCUCCCUCCAGUGGCAGAGACCGACAUGACAACACCCCUUGUUCAGACAGAGACAGGGUGGGAGAGAGGGAGAGUGAGAGACGGAGGGAAAAGCAUAAGGAGGGCACAAGAUCAAAAGUGAGAACAAGGGAGGAGGAUAAAGGGAGAGACAGGGAGAGAGAGAGGAAUACUUCCAGGAGUGUCCCACCCUUGUCUCACUCUCACUCCUCUUCGACAACUCGUGACUCAGGGAGGAGAGAGAAGCAUCAAGAGGGUGAUCAGAGCAGGAAGAAGAGUUCCUCAUUCCCUGUUGGGAAUUCCUUCAGUGGCAAAAGCUGUGAAAGCAGCGCGAUAAGUAACGCUUUCAAACUGCCUGAUGAAAAUGUGCACAAAAGAGAUAGAAACAUGUCACUUGACUGGAAAUGUAAAGACAAAGAUCGUCCCAGUUACAGCUGGGAGAGAGACCAGCUCUCUUCCAAAUCGUCUGAAGGGUCAGCGAUCAGUAAGCCCAGAAUAGGCAGCUCCGGUCGAGAAGUAACGCACAGCAGUAGAAAAGAGAGCAAGGUUGAAAAUAAAGAAUGGAAGGAGAAAAAAAUGAAUAAAGUGACAAAAGAAAGAAAAGAAAAUCAGGGAUUUUUCGCAAGAGAGAAGGAGGUGGUCGACGGAGGCAUGAGGCGUAAAUCUGGGCAGAUGGACUCCGCUGACAGGAAAAAGAUGGAGGAUGGGGAGAGGCCGAGCAGCCGCCGCAGCAGCAACAGUUCUUCAUCGAGCCAGGAGAGCUGCAGGGACAACCGAAGAGUAGGAGAAGAUGCACAAAAGUGAAGAGCUGCUGGAGGAAAAAAGGAGGCCUUGUGAAAAGCAAAGAUGGAGGGAAGAGGAGAGUGACGGAGGGGUGAAGGACCACACCAAGCUCUGCUGUUACGUCAUCUAAUCGUCAUGGAAAGAAAAUCAAAUUUACUUGAAUUAUGUUUUUUUCUUUCUCUGUGCAAAAGUGCCUGGAUUAUUUUUUUUCCUCUUUUUUUUCGUUUCACUUUAAAAUAUCUCGUAUCAAACAUGCAUCACUCUGUGAAAGUGAACAAAAUGUGAAGCUGAAGCACUUUAAGAAUACAUAUGAAAAAAACAAAUGAAUGUGAAUGACAGCAAGUGUAAAACCUUUGACUUCUUGAUACUUAAUAGUUUGAGUAAUUUGCACAAUUUGCAGGACUGCCAACAACUAUGGUUUACCUACUGAACAUGCAGGAUCACAACUAGCAGAAAAGGAAAAUGUUUAUUUUGACAGCAGGCCAGUCGGUCUCAUGCAGGAGCACGAAGUGCGUCGAGUUUUGCUGAACGCAGUUUGUGAUCAAUUGAAAACAAAUACUGUCCAUAUUUAUGAUUUGAACCUCUGUGUUGUAUUUAAUUUUAAUUAUUAAUUUUGUAAAUAUUUGGUUUAAAAAAAAGGAAAUGCUGGAUGACUGAUGAAUGCAUAACCAGAGGAAAGUUUAGUUUUUUGCUAUUUUGAAGGAAAUAAAAAAGAAACAUCCUUAAAAUG